GUUCUCUCAGUCAGUUCAUAUUCAGAGCUUGGAUAGGGAGCACGUCGACCUUCUCUUUACACGGUUUAUAUGGUUUAUUGUCAUCCACGACAUAAAAGUUCAUCUCUUAUUGUUCGUUCCCUCGCCUCUUCCAGUUCACUUUUCACCCAGUCUUUAAUUGUCAUCCUCCCAGCAUUUUACUUUCCUUCCCGGAUAGUACAACAACGCAGUGAAAGUGGUUCACGCUCUUUGUGCUGAACGAUACGAGAGACACGCUUCAUGUGAUCGCCGGCAAUAUUCUGUAUCAUAUCCUUGACAUGAGAUUCUUAAAAGUCCUGCAGAGUUAUUAUUGUGUGAACCUGACACAAACAUAGUAGACAUAUUUAUCUGUAAAAAAAAAUAUAAAAGUUUGUACAAAUAUUUCGCUUGUGAAAAAAUUAUACAAAGUGAACCUGAAUUUUCAUACUAAUCUAGAUAUUAAGAGAGAUAUUUAUGUACGUAUGAAAAGUUUUGUUAAAGCGUGGACUUGUUUAAUACACUGGGGUGAUAAAAAAAACUUACUGUUCCGUGAAUAAGUGAUAGUUUUUCUUUGCUGCUUAUUAAGAUUUCGUGCCGUCAGAAAGAAAGCAGAAGGAAUCGCAAUUAUUCUUUACGACACAAAGGAAGGAAGAAUAAGAAGCUUAUGAAUUGAAUGUGGAACAAAUCCUCGCAAAUUGGAAUGGUGACUAAGAAGAACCCAGUGGAAUUUUUCAUAUUUAUUACUUUUGAGGUUGCGGAAAAUACGAAAUUACUGAUGAGCUCUUCUCCCUUGGAUCAAUUAUACUCACAAAGGCGAGGUUGAUAAGCUAAGGAUAAGCCUGACUUUGGAUACUGGUCGCCGCAGAAAGAAGUACAUGACAGAUUUCAUCUGAAUCCAGGACACCCUCUCGAACGGAGAGACGCAAAAACCGAUAACAUUUGACCAUACGAAGAUGAUCUCAGCAACGUCCUUAAAUGCACCCAGUCCUCUUAACAAAGGGCAUCAGAUUCCACUCGGACUGGAGAAUGGCCGACUGCGCGUGGACUCACAAAAGUUCCUGGUGCCAUCACUGCCCGUAAGUGCUCGUGCCGGUGGGGGUGGUCACAGUGCAGAUCCGAAGCGUAGGGAAAGAUCCAUCAUAAACGGCACUGCCCACCCCGCUCCUCCCACUGACUAUUCCCACCACCAGCUCCACCACCAUCACCAGCAGCAGCAGCAGCAGCAACACUCUUUGAGUCAUAAUAACUACCAAAACCAUAUAAAUGGGUUCAGAUCAUCGUACCCUCAUGGCACCGGAGUUCGAGAUCACUCCCCCUCAAGCAGCCCUCACAACAACAACAACAACCACAGCAAACAAACUUCAAGUCCUCACCACCAGGCAUAUUUACAUCUGAACCACAGCCCCAGGAAGGAUGCACACUCUCCAAUGUACGCAGGAGAAGUGCCCGGUCACAGUCCUGGAGCUGCUGGGGGAAAUUACUCUCGGUCAUCAAUGCCCAUUCCCUGCUCGUCCCCUGCCCAGGCGUCAUCCGCAUCUCCGAAGGGAUCACACUCACACUCGCCAUCUUCAAGUGGAGCUAUUAUUUCGAGCAGUGGGAAUUACUCCCCAAAACUGCCCGGCCCCGCCAUGUUGCCCCCAUUACCUUCUGGAGGAGGUGGUUCUGAACUAAGUCCACUGGCUGCGGCGGGAAGGCUGUAUCCUGGCUUCCCACCACCACACCCAUCCGUUGCAGCGCACCUCAGCCCUGCGUUUUAUGCGGCGGCGGCGGCAGCAGCAGCGUCACAUUCCCUUCCGUAUCCAAUGUUUGGAUCACCAUACAAUCCACAUUCCCAUUCCGCCGCGGCUGCGAGUGCAUAUUUGGACAGUUUUCACUCUGCGCUAGUUCACAGGGGUUCGGGGAACAACGAAAUUCAGCAAAGGUCUCGAUCUCCUUCGCCAUCACCCCCCAGCAACCGUAGUCUUGGAGGAGCUUAUCACUCUGCUCAACCACCACACCCACAACAACACCAAUCUCACAAUAUGAGCUCAAACGGGCCAAAUAAUAAUAAUACUGUUAACUCUUCUAAUAAUACACAUCCAAAUUCCACUUCAGUAACCUCGCUGCAUAAUAAACUCAUCGAGUCCACCACAUCGGACAGCAGGCACGGAUACAAUGCUCAUCACCACGUGUCCAGCGGACAGUUCUCCCCACAAUCUUCUUCUUCAAUGUCUGGAAUAUCCAAAGGGGGACCUCUUGGCAUUUCUGGGGGCAUAAUGAACCUCCCAUCGUCCUCCCGACUUCCCAAUGGCAUUUCUCCCCACAAACACAACGCCUCGCAGCAGCCAGAGAACUUGGUUGUGCAUCGGCAGUCGAUACCACCGUUGAACGGGAUGAAUGGGUUCAGCUUGUCCUCGAAACAAUGGUUGGAACAACACGGGAUCAACCCGAACGACCCCAUGAACAGGAAGUUGAUUUUAGAACUGGAGGCGAGACAAAUGCAAAAGGAGCACCCUUUAAAACAACUGCGUAUGCCACCACAGUCCCCACCACAAGAUAUGAGUGUUCAGCAUUCUCAAAAAAUCCAGAAAAGCAUCUCAUUUGCCAGUGAUACGUACCCACCAUCAAAUCACAAUAAUAAUAGUAAUAGUAGUAAUAGCAGUAGUAGUAGAUACCCCAAUCCUAAUAACAAUCACCAUCCCAGUCAUCAUCCCUACGCUCAUAUUAUGAACAAUGGGCAUCACCAAGUUCAUGGACAAAGCAACUCACAAUCCAACAACAAUGCUGGAAUUCUUACAGAUUCAAAUCAUGCCAAAAAACAAGUCAAUAGUAGCAACAACAACUACAACAAUAACAAUCAUCAUCUCCCAAACCUUGUACAUGUGUCGCACCCUCCUCCACCCAACAAUCAUCAUCAUCAUCACCAUCAUCAUUCCGGGCAGUCAUCAGGACAACAGUUUCUCCCACCCAGUCCCAAGAAACGUGGGGCAGCAACCCAGUGGAAUUUUGCAGUUCCAGCUAACCCAGCCAGUAAAGUGGAUCUCCUGCCCCCUCCCGCACCCCCACCGGCUUCUGCCCUCAGUCACAAUCUAAACGCUGAACAGAUCAAGUACCUGAAUUCCAAUCUGAACCACAAACCGUCCAACAAUCAGAGUCACUCAUCAUUGCCAGUACCAAAUUCACCCUCCGCCAACAGCUCCUCGUACCACCCCCAAUCAUCUGGACAAUCUGCUCAACAACAUUCAUACCCUUCGUCCCCACGCAGUGGACCCUCAACCCCCAAAUCCCCCUCUGUGCACCAAGUCAAAUUCAGCUUUAGCAGUGGAAGUAGCAAGGAGAACCAAUGGAGUGCAAACAAACAGGGUGCAAAAUCUGGGGUAAGGAACGACUCCUCCUCCUCCUCGUCCUCCAACGAAGGCAAUGUCCCCUGGCCCGUGGAACAGAUGCCAAUUUUAGAAGCGUUUCGCCGAGGCUCUCUCAUCAAGUUGGCGAAUGGAGACUUGCGACCCGUGGAAGAUCUCAAGACGGAGGAUUUUAUUCAGGCGGUAGCGAAUCUGUCGGGCACCCUCAAGAUCAUUCACUGCACGGUGCUCUCUAUUCAGCAGAGUGAUGCAAAAAAUGGGAAUUCUUUGUGCAAGGUGACGAUGACGGUUGGGUCUCAAUUGCAAAAUCAACAGGUUGUGGUGCCAUCAACGCCAGAACAGCCAUUUUUUGUUCUGGGCCGAGGCUGGUCAUCCCUCUCGCCUAAAACGACGGAGAAGCUGCUACAACUGCCCUGCUCCCCUUUAGCCGUGGGCGAUAUUUGCAUCACUUUGUCAAAGUCAACCCCACACCUGGCUCCAGUUCAAGCACCAAAAAGUCACAAUAAUCAUGUCCCCAAGAGCCCCCGAGGUAGAAAACCUGGGAGUGGUCGUAACGGAGUGAAUCCUGCGAGCUCCCCCACCGCCAAACAACGAUGCGCGCAACAAGUCUCUUCUUCUCUCAUCCCCUCUGCUACGAAACCAGCCGGUGAAAUUCACGUCGAGAAACCUACCAGCAACUCUGAACCCAUUAAACGACACAGCAUGGGUCCUCCCUUGACUACUGGUGUCACCAACAGCAGCGUAAUCACUACCAACAUGGCAUCGUCUACUUCUUCGUCUACUACUGUUAGUACUGCUGCUGUUGUUAGUUCCAUUACCGAGGUGGUAAAACUCAAGGAAGAAGACGUAGAAGAGCUCGAGGAUAAUCGACCCCCAAGUCCAAAACGACGUCGAUGGUCUGCCCCGGAGCCUGAAAUUCCUGUGUCAACCCCACCACCAGGAUCUUCUGUUUGUGACAAAUCAUCCAUCAAGGAGAAAGAGGAGCAGAAGAGUGAAGCAAUUUCUCUCCAGCCGGCACCAUCAUCUCCAAAAACUGGCCAAAAAACGCCUCCUCCAUCAACUCCAGCGGCGGAAAAUAAAGACGACAAAGAUGAGCAGCAGCGUCCCCCAAGUGAUGCAGAUGACAAGAGGAAUAGCGACCACCCGCUUGAAACUGACGUAAAUAGCAACGUGAAUGUCAAGGACAAUGUCAGCAGUGCUAUGGAUUUGGAUCAAAGGGGGUCAACUGAUGCUCAAUCUGCUGUAGCUUAAUUAACUCUAGAGGAAUUACAAAACUUGUAAAAGAACUGCACCCUUAGACUUACUACAAAUUGUCAGAGAGCUUUAGAAAAUGUCUUGUACAUUCACUCACGAGUCAAUCACAUGGAGGAAUUCAUAAACUAUACACUGAUUACGACAGACCAAUGUUGGAAACAAGUUUUUGGUUACAAAUAGAAUUUUAUGUAUGUAGUUUACGGUAAACAGCAAUUCGAAUUAUCCAGUAAUUAUACUGCUGCUCGUGCAAAUUACAUCAUACUUCUUAUUAUAUUAUAUGAUUGACUAUGUAUAGCAGAGCUGAAGGAAAUGAUCCAGCUUCAUAAAUACCAAAAUUGUAUGGGCUGAUUAUUAUCUGAUACAUGAUACAAAACCACUUGGCUUCAUUUCUCGCUUUUUUAAGAGUCUUAAAAGAAGAAUGCAAGACUGUCACUCUAAAUCGAUAUAUUUAAAUAUGUAUAUGCAUACAGAUAUAUAAAUAGGUUGUCAUCACAGAUUUACCAACAUUUUCUUUGUUGCUUCUUGAUUUAUUUAUUAUAAAUAAUUAUUCAAAGUGCAUAAUUGAGUUUGUACUUGCUGCCAUUCGCUAUUUUGAUUGUAGCCCAUUUUUCAUCGUUAAUUAAUUCAUAUUAUAAUUGAGUAAAACAUAUUUAAGAAAUAUGUUCAAACGUUCAGCAGAAAGGAAGCAAAAUAAGUUAUCUCAAAUUUUAGUGAUCUCAGAACACAAAAUUGUAAUACACAGUUCAACUGCUUGCAGGGAGUUUUAUAAUUUCAAAUAUUUGACUGAUCACCUGAAACGUUAAUUUAACCAUAAUAAAUAUUUGCAUCAUCUCAUUUCGUUCUCAUAAAAAGGGGAGAUUUUUUUCUGUUACAUUUAAAAUUGGCUUAUAAAUAUUUAUCUCGUAGGAUUUCCUCAUAUUUGAUUUGCUGCUCAUUUUUUGUUGUCUAUUGUCUACUUUAAAUUUCAAACACUUGAGAAUACAAUAAAUAUACACAAAUCGGCAUGCGUGAGUUUAAAGCAUGAAACAGGUGAAUAAGUAAAAUAAUGGUGAUGAAAUGUAAAUUUAGGGACUGAAAUAUUCAUAUUGUUAACGAAUGAGUGGUUGUUGCCGUCUGCUGGACCGACCAUUUAGAUAUCAUUAUAAAAUUUUAAUGCAUGUCCUUCCUCAGCAGCAUGUUGUCGAAGGUGGAAACUUAACCUUAGAUUUGAUGUCUAUUUUCAUAAAUUAAAUAUUCUUCACCUGAAAACAAUCCACCUUUGGGUUGGGUAAUUAAGAAUUAUUGGAAUGUAACUUAUUAAUGUAUGGCCGAUGAAUACAUGCAAAAGUAAUUGUAGUCGUCUCGUAUCAAGCUGUGGUCGAGCUUGUAAUUUUAUCCAUUCGUGAGCAACUGAGUGAUUGACGGAAAAGUGACAAUGACAGAAAGUGAUGAUCACAAGAAUGUAUAAAUGUAUGUAGAAUAAUGUACCGUUUAAUUACAAAGGCCCAGCAGUACAGAUAAAAGGAAAUAUUUUAUCCCCUCCUCCUGAGAAGCCCAUUUAAUGAGCAUCAUUAAAUGUUCCUCUACCGUUAGAAAUGUAACGAAACCCUUUAAAGAAAGGUUCGAAAGUUGUAUGUGUGACAUUGAACCUGGUGCUGAACGCAACUCCAAACAUGCUAAAUGUGAUAUUAAUUCUCUAUAUUUGUUGAUAUGCAUGUACAUACAGUAGUGGUUUCACAAUAUCUUCUGGUGAUAUAUACACACAUAUUAUAUUAAAAUAUUUGUUAUUGUUUUGCAAUUUACAAUCGUAUACUCAAAAUAUUGUUGGAUUUUUUGUAGCGUAACCAAAAUUUUGUCACAAUCACGACGAUUAUUCAACUGCUUCAAUAAUCAACUUGUGUCCACUGCGAUAAGAUCCCGUUACAACUAGUGAAGUGAUGUGGAUACGCUAUUAUUCUCUCUCUUUUUUAUAGAUGGAUGUUCUAAAUAUGGUAGAAAAUAUUCCUGAUGGUUACACAUGAACGCUUAUGAAAAAUGUAUAAGGAUAUAGAAACUAAGAAUAAACUUUUAAAUGUAAACUGCGACUGUUGAAUAGAAUGGUGAUUAAUAAAUACAUAAACGAUGAUGUGUGCAUUCAAAAAAGUGUAAAAAUCGUUAAAUUGAUACCUCUCGUGUAAAUUAUUGACCAUCUAAAUUUUAUGAAUUAUAACUUAUUGAUUAUGGAAAUUAUUUAAUCUUAUGACACCACUCGUUGAUAAUGUUAUCAAAAUGUCUGUAAUUCGACCAUACCGUUCAAUUAUAUGUACUGAAUGACUUGCAGAUGCUAAAUAUUAUAUUCAGUUUCGUAAGUGGGGGGAGUCGCGGAUCACCAAAAUGUAUGUAUCUCCACUCAUCAUCAGUGAAAAAAAACGGAAAAAGAAUGAUAGUAUAUUUAUUUAGAAAUAUGUGACAUGACCUGUUUAGAAACUUGGAUGGAAAUUCUAUUUGAAAUAAAAAUGUCAGUGAUGAAAUA